AUGGACCUCCCCGAGGAUGUGAAGAAGCUACCCGUGCGAGUGCAGCCCACGGACGAGAAGGCAGAUAUUGCGUGCCUAGUAAAAUGCGACCGUUCACUACCGCACUGUACCAACUGUGCUCGUCUGGGACUCAAUUGUCCUGGAUACGACGUUGAAACGCAGACCAAGUCGCGGAGUGAGCUCCAGAAGUCGGCCGAGAGCAUCUUCAAGGCUUCCGGCGUCGAGAAGCGGCGGGUCGGGUCCUGCUCUGAAUGUCGAAGUUCAAAGCACCGCUGCACUCGUACACGCCCAACGUGCCGUCGGUGUGAUGUCAAGGGCUUGGCGUGCGUUUACCCCGACAGGCCAGAACCCAAUCGCUUCCAUGGACAGCCGCAGGUGUUUCCGGGGGGCAGUGAAUUUCAGCAGUUUCAAGUGCUGAACCCAAUCGGUGACUUUGAGGCCGAUAGAGACUUAUAUCAUGCCCAGAACCUCCCAAAUCAACCCUCCCUGCGUCUUAAGCUCGUCACCGCUUUCUUUGACCGUUCUUACCACCUAAGAUGCCUUGAUUUCAUCGACAGGCAGGCUUUUAUGGAAUCUUUCGAACGCGACAGCAUUAUACAAGAUUUUGGCGAACCCGUCCUUUUGGCUGUUUGCGCAUUGGGAGCAAGGCACCUAUAUUUGGAUUAUGUUUUCUCGAUUGGAUCAACAGCGCCUGCUCCAGAUGAGUUUCCCGGACAGCCUUGGGCCGAAAAGGCUCGAAACGAGGUGCUGUCAGAGAUGAACAAUCCAACUGCGAUGGUCUUGCUCUGUGAUUAUUCUCUAAGAACAGACCAGAAUUCUUUGGCAUUCAUCCUCGUCUCGUUUCUCUACCGGGUGAUUCGCCUUCUUGGGCUGGACGAGCCCGACGAACUGUUGCAUUCACACGACCCCGCCUUCACUCUGCAGCGUAACAUUGAAAAUCGUCUGGUUUGGGCUUGUUUCUUCAUUGACUUGUUUAUGGCAACCGCUGGAGAGAAGAACGCCAGUUGGGGCAAUCGCGUCCCUAACAUUCCUCUGCCGACUCAGCAAUCCCACCGAACUAUAGGGUCUCCAAAGCUUUAUCUAUCAGAUAUCAAAACUGUUGGAGUGAUGCAAAUGACUCCAAAUCUUGAUUUGUCGGGCAUAGUUCUCAUGACUGUGCGCCUACGAAUCAAGGGACUGCAUCUGAUCAGGAAGCAGCCUCAAUCCCUUAGCGUAAACAUAUGUGAUCCGUCGUCCGCCUUUAUCAAGAUAAUACAGCAAGUUGAGACGAUCUAUCGUUUGCUACCUCGACACCUUCGACUCGAUGAUGACAACAUUCAUAGCUUGAAAAGAAACCAAUCUCUCGGCGGUGUGUUCUUUCUACAUUUCCUGAUCCAUGCCGCGAUAUUUGAUUUGACCAGGGUGUCUCUGCCUGGUUUUGCAUUCCCGAUCGCGCGUGCGUUUCAAUCCGUGUCUACCGAGUUUUCUUCAUAUUGUCAACAGCGGUGUAGAUAUCAUUCGGCCCGAGCCAUAGAUCUGGUUCGCAAAGGGUUACAGCAUGGCCGAACGCCGUUCGAUGACAUGUUUACAGCCGAUGCAGCCCUAGAGGCAAUCAAGAUUCUCAUCAUAUACAAUGCCACUGUCGACCCAUCACCGGACAUCUCCAGGCAAACCUGGGGUGAUGUCCAAACCACUCUGCAGUUUUUUUACCUCUUUCACUCAAGUAAAGAUGGUCCAAAGUCAUAUAUGGGAACUCUGCUUCCAUUAUGUUACAUAUUCGGCUUUCGCGAUGCAGCCGAGCCAUAUCGAAGGAAAGCUCCUGUUAGCUUUAACGAGGACCUUGCUGAGUUAACUGGCUCCGCGGAGGUUGAACACCUGUCACAGUUUGCACCCUUUCGGCGGGCGAGAACGAAUAUCAAACGUUCACAAUCUGCGGCAGGAUCCAAAACUCCCUCAUCACAAAACGAGCAACUGUCACUCGUCAUGCAACCCCUUCCUAACUUAUUAGACACAAGCAUGUCGCCAGUAGGGAACGAACCCCCUCCCUUCAACCUUCAACCUGGCUAUCCCUCCUUUGCGGCCCAACCAUCGGGAAUCUCGAUCCCCCUCUACGGCAACGAUAAUGCCCAGACGGUGGUUACAUUGGGCUCUAUAACGCAUCCAUCGGAAACACCGGCAAUACCCCAAUCAUCUAUGACCAUGGGGGAUUAUAUAAGAGCUGCAGAUGAAAUGUCGGGGUUCUUGACUUGGCAGACGUCGGAUUUACCACCAUGGUUUACCUACGACAACCCAUUUCCUCCGGGAUACAACUAG